GUGAGAGCCAGCGAUCAGUAACAGGACAGAGAGAGAAGAGAGACGACUGAGAGUCCACGACUAACUGCGUGUAGGAGAGAAUAAAUGAGGAGCGUUAGACAUCAGCGGACAUCAUCUUUCCAGACCAAGGCCUUCUGGGAUUGCUGCUGUCGGCAGAUACAACAAGGUUCACAGGAGGAAAGAUCAACCACAGCCUUCUGACUCUACCCUCACUGGAAGCACAUAAGUCCCCUCGCUGUCAGCUGUCAGCUGUACAUGGAUACCCCCAGCUGGGCAGAAACCAAACCAGGAAGUGGCUUGUGUAAGCAGCACGGAACUAUUGCUCUCUUUGGCAACGUGGUGUACAGCGGCCUGCUCAACGAGCACAUCUGGCAUUUCGGGGUACCCCUUGUCAACAGACUGGGUAACCAAGAGGCGCCAGCCCCCCCGGAAGCGAUGGCCCAGCCCUACCCCCCAGGCCAGUACCCCCCCCAGAACGGCAUCCCAGCGGAGUACGCCCCUCCUCACCCCCACCCCCACCCGCCAGCAGACUACACGGGUCAGAGCACGGUGGCAGAGCACGCCCUAACGCUGUACACACACACACAGACACACAGCGAACAGCCCGGAAACGAGAAUAACACGUCCACCCUCACAGCUACAUUAUCGCAGGCAGAUGAGGUUGCGCAGACGGAGGGUUCCCAUCAGCUCCACCUGCAGCAGUGUGAUUCGUCAGAGAAGCAGCAGCCCAAACGGUUACACGUCUCCAACAUCCCAUUCCGCUUCAGAGAUCCAGACCUCAGGCAAAUGUUUGGGCAAUUUGGGAAGAUUUUAGACGUGGAGAUUAUCUUUAACGAGCGAGGCUCGAAGGGUUUCGGGUUUGUAACAUUUGAAACGAGUGCAGAUGCGGACCGUGCACGUGAGAAACUAAAUGGUACAAUCGUAGAGGGACGCAAAAUCGAGGUCAACAACGCAACAGCAAGAGUUAUGACAAACAAAAAGGUGGCAAACCCAUACACCAAUGGCUGGAAGCUGAACCCGAUGGUGGGAGCUGUCUAUGGACCAGACUUGUAUGCAGUGACAGGUUUUCCCUACCCUAGUACAGGAGCGGCAGUAGCCUAUCGGGGAGCUCAUUUGAGAGGGAGGGGGCGGGCCGUCUACAACACAUUCCGCGCCGCACCCCCACCCCCACCCAUCCCUGCCUACGGAGCGGUUGUUUACCAGGACGCCUUCUAUGGUGCAGAAAUAUACGGGGGUUAUGCAGCGUACAGAUACGCCCAGCCAGCAGCCACGGCUGCAGCCGCAUACAGCGACAGUUACGGGAGAGUCUACGCCACAGCGGACCCGUAUCACCACACGAUUGGUCCUGCGGCCACGUACGGUGUGGGCACCAUGGCUAGCCUAUACAGAGGAGGUUGCAGUCGCUUCACUCCGUACUAGAGCGAGAGAGAGGGACAAACGCCCCCCUCCUCCCUCCUUCCGCCCCCAGCAAAAAAAAAAUAAUACAUCAAACUAAACGCCUCCUUCCUCUUCAAUGGAAAACUAAAACUAGAACAAAACAACUCCAGGUCAACAAAUCACAUGACCCCCUUGUCAAGAUUCUCAAGUUGAUGUCUCCUUUUAAGAGUUUUAUCUAACUAUAUGUCUGUCAUCGAUGUACUGUACAUAUUUUGGAAAUGACGAUGCUCUUUUUUUAUUUCCUGUAUUGAUUUGAAUGUAUUGCUCUGGGUUGAGAUUUAUGGUUUCUGGAAUGUGAGAAAGCAGGUGGUGCUUUCCAAUAAAGCCAACAUAUUGUCAUUAAUUUAACACCUUUAAUGAUUACAAAUUAUAAUCUCAUUAACAAUAGUAUUGCAUAAAUUGACAAUAGGUUGACAUUGUCUGUAUAAUGCCUUUAUAAUGGGAAUCAUGGCGAGGGAAUUCACCAACGAAAAAACAUAAAUGCUGCAACUGUAUAUCCCUCUGUAAGUUUGUGCUCUCAAACUGGGCUCCUGUGGGACGGGUCUCUACCCUUAAUGUUUCAAUUAGUCAUUUCCCCAAUAUACAUUAAGCCCGCUAAUGUUCAGCAAUUCCCGUUUACUCAACACAUUUCAAACUGGAUUUUAUUAAGUUAGUAAAUGAUAAAGGGCAUUUCAUUUGGCACCCUGUUCUAUAUUAAGUGCACUAGUUUUGACCAGUGACCAGGGCCCAUAAGGAUCUGGUCAAAAGUAGUGCACUAUUUAGGGAAUAGGGCCCAAGAGUAGGCUUCGUAGGCUAAUGAGAUAAACAUAAAUGCAUUCAGCUAAAGGAGGUUGAAAUGUGACAAAAUUGCACAAAAUGGCUGACAGGAAGUGAUUUAUCCUAGAAUGACGUGUAGUAGGAAGAGAGGGGGGAGAAGGAGAGCUAUGGCAGCCAUUGUUGAAUGGCCUGGGCAGCAGCAGCAGUGUGUCAGAGAGAGAGCAUUGAUUGUGGCACUGAGCCAAAGGCAGAAGGUAUCCCAUCUCCACAGAAUGGCUUUCUACAAAAUAAGCAAUAAUACUACAACGUUACAACAGCAAUUUCAUUGGUCAGUUUUUCUUUUUAGAAAGAGAGUCAUUGCAUACAGUAUCUUCAAUUCAUAUUCAUUAUAUCAAAU